CGGAUUUGGAGCGCGCGGCGCCGGUAGGGCCCGGAGGGGGCGGCGCGGCGGAGCCUGCCGUGGCCUCAGACGCUCCUCCUCGCUAGCGGCCGCCGCCCGCCGCCUCCUGCACCCCGAGCUCCGUCGCCCCUGCCGGGCCCGGCCGCCCCUUCCGGCCGCUCACCUGGGACGCGCUACCUGCCUCCGGGCGCCUGGGCACCAGGAUGAAGGACCGGCUGGAGCAGCUGAAGGCCAAGCAGCUGACACAGGAUGAUGACACUGAUGAGGUGGAGAUUGCUAUUGACAACACAGCUUUCAUGGAUGAGUUCUUUUCUGAGAUUGAGGAAACUCGGCUGAACAUUGACAAGAUCUCAGAGCAUGUGGAGGAGGCUAAGAAACUCUACAGUAUUAUUCUCUCUGCACCAAUUCCAGAUCCAAAAACCAAGGAAGACCUAGAGCAGCUCACGACUGAGAUCAAGAAAAGGGCCAACAAUGUCCGGAACAAACUGAAGAGCAUGGAGAGGCAUAUUGAAGAAGAUGACGUCCGGUCUUCCGCAGACCUUCGGAUUCGAAAAUCCCAGCAUUCUGUCCUCUCCCGGAAAUUUGUGGAGGUGAUGACCAAAUACAACGAGGCUCAGGUGGAUUUCCGUGAACGCAGCAAAGGGCGAAUCCAGCGGCAGCUGGAAAUCACUGGCAAAAAGACAACGGACGAGGAACUGGAGGAGAUGUUAGAGAGUGGCAACCCUGCCAUCUUUACUUCUGGGAUCAUUGACUCCCAGAUUUCCAAGCAAGCCCUCAGUGAGAUUGAGGGACGGCAUAAGGACAUUGUGAGGCUGGAGAGCAGCAUCAAGGAGCUUCACGACAUGUUUAUGGACAUUGCCAUGCUGGUGGAGAAUCAGAAGAAGAUCAUGAUCAUGAUCUGCUGUGUUAUCCUUGUGGUCAUCUUAGCUUCUACCAUUGGGGGCAUAUUUGCCUGAGCAAGCCCUCACGGAUGGAUCCUUGACUGGCAUUUCUACUCCUCCUUCCACCUCUGUGGUGGCAUCACUUCUCCACUGCAGACUUCUCAACUACUCUUUCCAUUAUGAAACUUCUUAUGACAAAGGGCGUCAAUCAACCACUUGUACAAGUUACGCAAAGGGAGAACAAGCUUAUGAAAAUUCAUAUGAAAAUAUGGCUUUGGGUAGGGAGCAGGGGUGAAGGAACAGGGAGUACAGUAACGUAUAGCUAGUUAGGCAGAUGGUUUAAAGGAAGGUACUGCAGGGUAGAGAAAAAAGCAUAACGGGGACCUGUUUAGGAAUUAAAACUUAGAGCCUGCACCGUCGGUAUGGCUGUGAAGAGGCAGAUAUCGUAGCACACCCAAUUCAACAGGAUCUCGUUUUAAGUGCUGUGAGUUGAUCAGGAUCAGGGCACUGUUACUUCUGCCCCUCAGGUUCUUCUAGGUCUCACCUUCGACCACCCCUACGUCUGCUUCCUUCUUAGGGUCCAAUAGUGGUCUUAAAAGUGAAGAGUAUCUAAAGAUAGACACCAAGCCUGCUUUGCUCACUGCUGUGCCCCUACUGCUUAGCACAGUGCCUGCCACUUACAGGUGCUCAAAUAUCUGUUGACUUAAUUACCUAUAAUUAAACUCUGAUUUCACUCAUGCACAGGUCCUUGGAUUUGACUCAAACUCUUUAAGGCAUCAGUGGGAACAUGGUUUGUUCCUAUCAGAGGCUGUGUAAAGCCGCCUGGGAAUGGGCUAAUCUCCUUACACAAAAACACUACAACAGGCUCCCUCCUUACCACAACAUAUACUUUAAAGUGUUUUUCCAUGUGCUUUUUCUCUGAUAGCGGAGGUCUUUCUGUCAAUAGACUCUCACUCUGUGGAGUGGACAGCUGGCCCCAGGAUUGUGGUUCAGUGACUAAAUACAGACCCAAAACAAAAGAAACGGGUUUACGUUAUGACUGAACUCCCAACCAGCAGCCACUCAGUACCACACUCAAUGAACCAUAACAAAGAACAGAUGAAGUUGUUAGGUGACAAAGGUGAAAGAGGUUAUCACUGACUUCACUUCUUCCUGACUUGUGCUGCCAGCUGAAACUGCUGGCCAGCAAUGUACAUAUAAGAAACUGUUCCAAAUACUGUCCCCAAUUCAAGGUUCAGUUGUGUUCGGCUUUAAAACUGCUAUGUAAUAUGAGUUCUAAUACAAAUUAUUUAUGUAGUAAUUAAUUUCAAAAGGUUCACUAAAACACUGAAAAUCACAGUACCCAACAUUUGAAGACAACAGAACUGUUUAGGUAAGCUUGUACUUUUGAAAAUAUAUUCUUAUUUUCU